AUGAAGUUAAAGGAAGUAGACCGUACGGCCAUGCAGGCCUGGAGCCCUGCCCAGAAUCAUCCCAUUUACCUAGCUACAGGAACAUCUGCUCAACAAUUGGAUGCAACGUUUAGUACCAGUGCUUCCCUUGAGAUAUUUGAAUUAGAUCUUUCUGAUCCAUCCUUGGAUAUGAAAUCUUGUGCCACCUUCUCUUCUUCUCAUAGGUACCACAAGUUGAUUUGGGGGCCUCAUAAGAUGGAUUCCAAAGGGAAUGUCUCUGGAGUUCUGAUUGCAGGUGGUGAAAAUGGAAAUAUUAUUCUUUAUGAUCCUUCUAAAAUUAUAGCUGGAGACAAGGAAGUUGUGAUUGCCCAAAAUGACAAGCAUACCGGCCCAGUAAGAGCCUUGGAUGUGAAUAUUUUCCAGACUAAUCUGGUAGCCUCUGGUGCUAAUGAAUCUGAAAUCUACAUUUGGGAUCUCAACAAUUUUGCAACUCCAAUGACACCAGGAGCCAAAACACAGCCCCCAGAAGAUAUCAGCUGCAUUGCAUGGAACAGACAAGUUCAGCAUAUUUUGGCAUCAGCCAGUCCCAGUGGCCGGGCCACUGUAUGGGAUCUUAGAAAAAAUGAACCUAUCAUCAAAGUUAGUGACCAUAGUAACAGGAUGCAUUGCUCUGGGUUGGCGUGGCAUCCUGAUGUUGCGACUCAGAUGGUGCUUGCCUCUGAGGAUGAUAGAUUACCAGUGAUCCAGAUGUGGGAUCUUCGCUUUGCUUCCUCUCCACUCCGUGUCUUGGAAAACCAUGCCAGGGGGAUUUUGGCAAUUGCUUGGAGCAUGGCAGAUCCUGAAUUGUUGCUGAGCUGCGGAAAAGAUGCUAAGAUUCUCUGCUCCAACCCAAACACAGGAGAGGUGUUAUAUGAACUUCCUACCAACACGCAGUGGUGCUUUGAUAUUCAGUGGUGUCCCAGAAAUCCUGCUGUCUUAUCAGCUGCUUCCUUUGAUGGGCGUAUCAGUGUUUAUUCUAUCAUGGGUGGGAGCGCAGAUGGCUUAAGGCAGAAACAAGCUGACAAGCUUUCAUCAUCUUUUGGAAAUCUUGAUCCCUUUGGCACAGGACAGCCCCUUCCUCCAUUACAAAUUCCUCAGCAGGCUGCUCAGCAUAAUAUAGUGUUGCCUCUGAAGAAGCCACCCAAGUGGAUCCGAAGACCUGUUGGUGCUUCCUUUUCAUUUGGAGGCAAACUGGUUACCUUUGAGAAUGUCAGAGUACAGGCCCAGCAGGGAGCUGAGCAGCAGCAACAGCAACACCAUGUGUUCAUCAGUCAGGUGGUAACAGAAAAAGAAUUCCUCAGCCGAUCGGACCAACUUCAGCAAGUCGUGCAGUCGCAAGGAUUUGUCAGUUAUUGUCAGAAAAAGAUUGAUGCUUCUCAGACUGAGUUUGAGAAAAAUGUAUGGUCCUUUUUGAAGGUGAACUUUGAGGAUGAUUCUCGGGGAAAAUACCUUGAACUUCUAGGAUACAGAAAAGAAGACCUAGGAAAGAAGAUUGCUUUGGCCUUGAACAAGGUGGAUGGACCCGAUGUGGCUCUUAAAGAUUCUGACCAAGUAGCACAGAGUGAUGGGGAGGAGAGCCCUGCUGCUGAAGAGCAGCUCUUGGGAGAGUGCAUUAAAGAGGGAAAACAAGAAUCUGAAUUUCUACCAUCAGCAAGAGGAACAUUUAACAUCUCCAUCAGUGGCGAUAUUGAUGGUUUAAUUACUCAGGCUUUGCUGACGGGUAACUUUGAGAGUGCCGUUGACCUUUGUUUACAUGAUAACCGUAUGGCUGAUGCCAUUAUAUUGGCCAUAGCAGGUGGACAAGAACUCUUGGCUCAAACGCAGAAAAAAUAUUUUGCAAAAUCCCAAAGCAAAAUUACCAGGCUAAUUACUGCAGUGGUGAUGAAGAACUGGAAAGAAAUUGUUGAGUCUUGUGACCUUAAAAAUUGGAGAGAGGCUUUAGCUGCAGUAUUGACUUAUGCUAAACCAGAUGAAUUUUCAGCCCUUUGUGAUCUUUUGGGAACCAGGCUUGAAAGUGAAGGUGAUAGCCUCCUGCAGACUCAAGCAUGUCUGUGCUAUAUCUGUGCAGGGAAUGUAGAGAAACUAGUUGCAUGUUGGACUAAAGCUCAGGAUGGAAGCAGUCCUUUGUCCCUUCAGGAUCUUAUUGAGAAAGUUGUCAUCCUGCGAAAAGCUGUACAACUCACCCAAGCCAUGGACACCAAUACUGUAGGAGUUCUUUUGGCUGAGAAGAUGAGUCAGUAUGCCAAUUUGUUGGCAGCCCAAGGCAGUAUUGCUGCAGCCUUGGCUUUUCUUCCUGAAAACACCAACCAGCCAAAUAUUGUGCAGCUUCGUGACAGACUUUGUAGAGCACAAGGACAGCCUGUACCAGGUCGGGAAUCACCUAAAAUUCCUUAUGAGAGGCAGCAGCUUCCCAAGGGCAGGCCUGGACCAAUGGCUGGCCACUCACAGAUGCCAAGAGUUCCAGCUCAACAAUAUUAUCCGCAUGGAGAAAAUCCUCCACCUCCAGGUUUCAUAAUGCAUGGAAAUGUUAACCCAAAUGCUGCCACAGCUCAGCUUCCCACCUCUCCGGGUCAUACGCACACCCAGGUACCACCUUAUCCACAGCCACAGCCUUAUCAACCAGCCCAGCAGUAUUCCUUCGGAACAGGGGGGUCAACAAUGUAUCGACCUCAGCAGCCUGUUGCUCCUUCUGCCUCAAACGCUUACCCUAACACCCCUUACAUAUCUCCUGCUUCUUCCUAUUCUGGGCAGUCUCAGCUGUAUGCAACACAGCACCAGGCCUCUCCACCUACCUCCAGCUCUGCUGCUUCUUUCCCUCCUCCCCCUUCCUCUGGAGCAUCCUUCCAGCACGGCGGACCAGGAGCUCCACCAUCGUCUUUAGCUUAUGCGCUGCCUCCUGGAACAACAGGUACACUGCCUGCUGCCAGUGAGCUGCCUGCGUCGCAAAGAACAGAAAAUCAAUCUAUGCAAGACCAGGCACCUAUGUUGGAAGGUCCUCAGAAUGGUUGGAAUGAUCCUCCAGCUUUGAACAGAGUACCUAAGAAGAAGAAGAUGCCUGAAAACUUUAUGCCUCCUGUUCCCAUCACAUCACCAAUCAUGAACCCUUUGGGUGACCCCCAGUCACAGAUGCUGCCGCAACAGCCUUCAGCUCCCGUACCUCUGUCAAGCCAAGCUUCAUUUCCACAGCCACAUCUUGCAGGUGGCCAGACCUUCCAUGGCAUACAACAACCCCUCAGUCAACCAGGCAUGCCACCAUCUUUCUCCAAGCCCAAUAUUGAAGGCGCCCCAGGGGCUCCUAUUGGAAAUACCAUCCAGCAUGUGCAGUCUUUGCCAACAGAAAAAAUUACCAAGAAACCUAUUCCAGAUGAGCACCUCAUUCUAAAGACCACAUUUGAGGAUCUUAUUCAGCGCUGCCUCUCUUCAGCCACAGAUCCUCAAACCAAGAGGAAGCUAGAUGAUGCCAGCAAACGCUUGGAGUUUCUGUAUGAUAAACUUAGGGAACAGACACUUUCACCCACAAUCAUCAGUGGUUUACACAACAUUGCAAGGAGCAUUGAAUCGCGAAACUACUCAGAAGGAUUGACCAUCCACACCCACAUAGUUAGCACCAGCAACUUCAGUGAGACCUCCGCUUUCAUGCCAGUUCUCAAAGUCGUUCUCACCCAGGCCAAUAAGCUGGGUGUCUAAAAGGACAUCUUUACUCCCAGCCCAUAUUGCCAUUUUUCCAAAGAAACAUACUUUAAAAAAUGUUAAGAUAUGGACCAAUCCUCAUUAGCAUGUUUCCAUAACAGCCAGUCAAGAGCAUUUACACCAUUUCUGCAGAUAUACUCACCUUAGAACUGCUCAAAACCCAGGUGCUUUCUUUUGUUUUAAUCUUUUAUUGCCCAUGAUGAUUUUCCUAUUCUGCAAGUAGUGUAUUUCCUGGAUUACACAUAGUGUGUUUUCCUGAAGUAUUCUGAUAAAAUGUGGUUUUUAAAACCUCAGUAUACUUUCUGGAAAAGGAGCAUCUGGUUAUGCAUAAAGCAGAGCUAAAACUAAGUUUCUUUCAUGUCCUCCCUUCUUCCUCUAUGUCAAUCACAUUAAAGUGUGUAAUCCUA